GGAAGCUAAAGUUUAUUCUAUAAGCGUACAAAUGCAUAAAUGUUUACCUUUAUUUAACAUCAUCACUAGAAUUUCUUUUACAAGCAUAGUGAUAUAAAAAAAAAAUUCUGGUGUUUAUUAAUAGAUCGUGUCGUUAAAUGAUGAAUUAUUUUUUAUUUAUUAUGCUAUGUGAAAUUCAAAUAAAAAUCUAGAUGGCAUCACUUUUCAGAGCAAGAAAGUAAUACCGACUCAGGCAAACCAUCAGAAUCAGCUGAUUGUACUCCAUGUCUUCACAGUAGUUUAUUAUUUUUGAUACACUUCAAUAUUUUUUUAUAAUGACUAAAAAUGUUAAAAAUUUGUCAAAAGAAUUUCUUCAUGCAACUUCGCGAGCUGAUUUAGAUAAAUUGAAAGAUUUAUGUAAUCAGCAUGACAUCAAAGACUGGACAUUUAUUAGACAUGAAAUCACUGGAGAUACAGCUCUACAUAUUGCUGCUCGUGAAGGAUAUUUAGAAAUAGUUAAAUUUUUAUGUGAAAAUUGGAAGAAUCAUUCGUUUAAAGUUGUUAAUGUUGUUAACAAAGACACUAAACGGCCUUUACACGAGGCAGCUCAGUUUGCAAAGAGUGAUAUCGUUGAAUAUUUAAUUGACAAUGGAGCUGAAGUUGAUGCAAUAAAAAGAGCUGAUUGGACGCCUUUAAUGCUGGCUUGUACAAAAGAUGGUCCAGAUGCAAUAGAAAGCAUAAAAAAAUUAAUAAAAGCAGGUGCCAAUUUAUCACUGAGGAAUAAAGAUGGGUGGAUGCCUUUGCAUAUUGCUUCUCGUGUUGGCAAUGCUAAUAUUAUUAAAUUAUUGCUUGAAGUAGAACCUGAAUUGAUUAAUGUUUCUAGUAAAAAUGGUCGUACUGCUUUGCACAUUGCAGCAUUUCAUGGACAUUUAGAUGCUAUCCAUUUAUUACUAUCAACAGAGCCUAAUCUCCUUCAUAGUCCAGAUUAUUCAGGCUUAUUACCAAUUCAUGAAGCAGUCAAAAGUAAAGAUUAUAAAGUUUUUGAAUAUUUAAUAAAAUGUAGAGCAGAUGUAAAAAAGACUGAUUUUAUAGGACACACAAUUUUGCAUAUUGCAGCUUUAUGUGGAAAUAUACCUGUGAUAGAAUAUAUUUUAGAAAAUAAAUUAAUAGAAAUUGAUUGUAAAGAUAAUUUUGGAGCAACACCUCUAAAUAUAGCUCAAAAAAAUAAUAUGCAUUCUGUGAUAGAAUUUUUGGAGCAAUAUAAAACUUGAUUCUUAUAA